UAGCAGGUAGCCAGUAAUUUACAGUUCAAAAAAGGUAAGUUUCUGUUUUGGUGUACGACGUUGUUUAAUUUGUUUAAAACCAUAAAAAAAAAUGUUGCCUUAAAAGUUAAAUUAUGAUUUAAAAGUUAAAGAAUCUCUUACUGUGAUGAGUCUAUCUAUUGUGUCAAGUGGUAACUGAAAGACAAUAUACGUUUGUGAUGACGUAGACCGAAGUAUAGUAUAAACAUACUUUCAUUCAUAUACUGAAAGUAUAUGAUUUUUUUCUAUCAAAAAUGUUGAUCCAUAUUGGACGUAUGAAAUUGACUUAUUAGAAAGGUGCAGAAUCCUAUAAUUUUUUCUCAAAAAUCUAGGUUGUCAUCUGCCAUGUUAAAGUGGGACGGAGAAGUCAUUUUUUGAAAACCAAAGGCUAUUGUUUCUUUUUAUAAUUGAUGUAUUUCUUGUGUCAGCUUUAACCUCCAUGGAAUGCAACUUCCAUUCAUUGCAGUGCAGUAGCCUAGCACUUCUCUUAGCAAGACUGGCCAAGGAGUCAGCUGACCUGCUGGGAGCACAGCUACUUUGAUACCCUGUGGGAUUUAUCUCUGCUAGAGGAACAAAGCUGGGAAAAGUCCGUCUGAACGAUUCAGCCCUAGUACCCCCCUUAAACCUGAGAGACCUGUGCAGUCAGGUGUUGCCAACACUAGCAAUAUAAUUUUAUGGAUAACUUCAAGGACUUGAUCGAGAACAACGAUGCCAACUCUCAUGCUUAUGCCAAAUUCUCCCUUCGUAAGCCUUCCAUGCCAGAUGAUGACACCUGCUACAUCAGUCCUGGAAAUUCUGAGUCUCUCAAAGAAUGCAGUUUCAACAGCGCCUCCAAAACGUUCCUGGUGAUCCAUGGCUGGACAGUGAGCGGCUUGUUCGAGAGCUGGGUGGCCAAACUGGUUUCAGCACUGUAUGAGAGAGAGCCAAAUGCCAAUGUGAUAGUGGUGGACUGGCUGUACACAGCCCAGAACCAUUAUCUUGUAGCCGCCCAGAACACUAAGAUGGUGGGACAAGAGAUUGCUCACUUCAUUGACUGGCUGGAGGAGGAAACCAACAUCCUUCUAGAAAACCUCCACCUCAUUGGCUACAGCUUGGGUGCUCAUGUGGCAGGAUUUGCUGGGAGCCACACCUUGAAUAUAUUGGGCAGAAUAACUGGUCUUGACCCAGCUGGUCCAGACUUUGAGGGGGAGCACGCUCACCGUCGGCUGUCUCCAGACGAUGCCCACUUUGUGGAUGUUCUCCACACCUUCAGCCAGGGCUCUCUGGGCCUCAGUAUUGGCAUCCAGCAGCCUGUUGGCCAUGUGGACAUCUACCCCAAUGGAGGCAACUUCCAGCCAGGCUGCAGUCGGCAAAGCACCCUGGAGACUAUAUCCAAACUUGGCCUUUUUGCUGUCACUGACUCUCCCAAGUGUUCCCACGAGCGGUCCAUCCACCUGUUCAUCGACUCCCUGCUCAACGAACAGCAGGCUAGCAAGGCGUACCGCUGCAGGAGCAGUGACAUGUUUAACCGCGGAAUGUGCCUGAGGUGUCACAGGAACCACUGUAACACAGUGGGCUAUGACAUCAGCAAGGUGCGCAAGACACGCAGCGUCACGAUGUACACCAAGACCAGGGCCUCAAUGCCCUUCAGAGCCUUUCAUUAUCAGCUGAAGGUCCACUUUUUCGGCAAGGUGGACAGGCCUGAUAUGGAGCCUUCACUGACAGUCUAUUUAAUGGGAACCGAAGGAGAGGUUGAAGACCUCAAACUGACACUAAAGGAAAAGAUAAUGACCAAUAAGACCCAUUCUUUCCUGCUGGUAGCAGAGAAGGACAUUGGUGACCUCCUGAUGGUGAAAUUCAAGUGGGAGGAGUCAACUAACUGGUCUGCCUCAUCCAUGCUUAGAAUGUUCUCUUCCUGGUGGUCAGGUGAUUCUGCAGAUUCUGAAGUGGCAGUCCAUAAAAUACGGAUCAGAGUUGGGGAGACACAGAAAAAGAUGGUGUUCUGCAUUAAACAUCCUCAAGAUCUGAGCUUACAAAAGGAAGUGACAUUUGUAAAAUGCAAAGAAGAAUGGAAAAAAACAUCAAAGAGACUGAACCUGGGGAACCACUAACACUGAAUGUACUAUUCAACUGAAGAAUGGCCUUGUUCCACCAUUGCAGCACUUCAUUAAUACAGGUUUAAUUUAUUGUCUAUCAAACUACACAAAGACAUUAUCACAUUGUAUAUAGUGUACAGAAAUAUUGUAUUAUUUAAAACAUAUUUCAAUAUGUGAAGUAUUUUUAUAAAGCACUGCCUUUCUGGCACUUUAUCUCAUUUGGUAGGAAAAAAGAUAGUAAAGGCCCUUAUCCAUGCAGAUUUUCAGCCAACCCAAAAGAGAUGGUACUUCUACAGAUUUGUUGGUGCCUCUGACAGAGAUUCUCAGAGGUACAUGCAGCUCAAAUCUCAUGUGUUUCAAAUGUAAUGCUUUAACUGACCGAGCAUUCACCAGUGUCAACCUCAAUCCUAAGGGAUUGUUGGAUUGGACUCUGUGUGCCUUAAAAUAACUUGAUGUCAAUGAAUGUCUUAAGCCACUGUAUGUAUAUUCAUUGCCGUUGAUGAUAAUAUAUAUUUUGUAUAGUGAUAUAUCUCUAUUACCAGAGACGGUGAUAUUUGUGUGGUCCGAAAACGCACAUUAUUCCGAAAACUGUAGUUGAGCACUUAAGCAAGUACAUUCAUUUGAAACCAGCCAUGGUCGAGUGUUUGCAGCAUAACACAAUACUUAAUUAGGGAGUCUAUUACACAUAUAUUUUAUUAUAAUGUUAUAUUUAAUAUAUUAUAGCUUUUCUGUAUUAACUGACAUGGUUGCUGCUGAAUUAUAAACCAAAUAAUGCGCUUUUACCUGUGGAUGCCAUAAAAUUGGAACAAGGUAGCUAAACUCAAAGAAGUCAAGAAGGGGUUUUGUAAACUGAGUUGAUAUCAACUAUAGAAACUAGACCGCAUUCCUCAGAACAUUGUUUUCCAUGCACUUUGUAUCAAAGUUCAACUUACAGUUAAUGGGGUAGUCAUGAGUACAUUUGUAACAAUAUUGUCUGACUAUUUUUAACAUCACUAUUUAUAUCGAAUCAGUACUGUAACCAUUGUGACUCAGAAUUUCUGUCUGUACUAUUGAGCCUGUAGAAAAGGUGAAGAUGAAAAGCAUUUGCACUGGAAACAGGAAUAGGUUUUGAAACCAGUUAAGUUCUUAAGUGCACCAUGUGUGAAUGAAAGAUGAGCAUGAUGAUCCUAUGGUACAGAAUGUUUAUUUAUGUUUACCUCUCUAGUAUAUCUGUUCCACAAUUUUACUAUUUACAAACUUUAAUAAAUUUGCUAUUUUGAAGUUGAA